AUGGCUUUGGAUCAGUUCAGUGAUGUGGUCCAGAGAUGUCAAGCCCUCCCAGUUGACAGUUACAGUACAGACGAUCACGACAUUUUUAUGACUGCUGGUCGGUCAUGCAUCGAGGAGGGAAACAGUGCUCAAGUGCUGAGUAUUGUCCUGGACGAAAAAAAUCAGGACACGGUGAGAUUUAUGGGGUGGAACUUGCUUCAUCCUCUGGUUCAGGUUCUAAUGAAGAAGGAAGACAAGAACCUUCCUCACUGUCUGGCCAUUUUCAAUCACCUGCUUGAGACGUGCAGGCCUAAAGAAUUGCUCAUUGGCCUAUUGGAACAGUUGGAGCAAGAAGAACCAGUCAUCAUAGCAGAAAGCCUCCAUCUGCUGUUGAACCCUUUGCAAAAAGUGCUGCUGCGUCUGGGAAGCCGUAAGGCAUCCUCUUUGGGCAUGGCCUUGUCCUCCGCCUUGGAGCAAGUGGCCAAACUGCCCAUCCCUCACUCCGAGGAGGAGGAGGAAGACGACAUUAUUCUGCUCGGUCGCUGCUGCGCUGACCUGACUACUUUUGUCAAGCCAUUUGUCCAAGAAGCUAAACUGGAACCUGGUAGCGACAAUUGGGUAAUACAGGAUCAAGAAGAGUUGAGGACAGAACUGCUUAAGUUCUGUAUGAGUUCUUUGAGUCGUCCUCUUCUGGAGGUGCAACUCAAAGAUCAGGACACUCUGGCUUCGUCACCGCUGAGGGAUUUUGCCACAGAAAUUUUGAAAAACCUCAACGCUAUCGGAGAGUCUACGCCAGGUCUCGUUUAUCAGCCCCUGUUUAAGAGAAAAGUAGCCACGGGUUUUUUAGAGGAGGAAGUGCGCUAUCCCAAAGAGUCCCUCGCCAGCCUGGCUCACCUGGUGUUCGUUCACCACCUGGCAGCUGACACUUUUCCCUAUGUCUUCAAUCCUGUGUUCUGUCUUCGGUGUAAUAUGGAGCAUGUGAGCCUCCUGCUGUCCAGAAGUGAAGAAUUCAGGAUUCAGAAAGGACUGGAGCUUUAUGAAAAGAUUCUUUUGCGGGUUGAGGACAACAGUCUGCCUUCAGAAUUACUAGAAAUUAAAACAUUCCUCACUGUUCCUCAGAACUUAACUAAGGUUAUGACCAUAUGUCCAAGACAGGACUUGAGAUGCAAAGGUUUGAAAGUGUUUCAGCUGAGCAUUGAGAAAUUCAGUCUUAAGGCCAAGUACGAUUUCUUCAGAUUCAUGCUGAGAACGAGUAAUCACUCUGGCUUAGAAGGUUACAUUAUCAAAAACAUCAGGGGUCAAAUUGAUAAGGCCUUACAGCCUGGCAACGGUAACAUCUGGUUCGAUGGUGUUCACCUGCUUCCUCUGUUGCGAAUGGUCUUCACCCUUCCAGAUGGCCCAGAGACUGACCUCCUACAGUAUCUUGACAGAGUCAUGGAGGCUCUCAACCUACUGCGCUACCUCGUCAUAAGGGACAAAGUGACUGAGAAUAAGACCGGCAUCUGGACAGAGCUCUAUAAAAUUGAAGAUGUGUUCAUGAAGCCCCUUCGUGUUGGAAUUAACAUGUCAAGAGCUCACUAUGAAAGAGAAUUGAGCACCACUAUGGAUCAGAACAAGAGAAAUGUCAAAGAAACAUCUGUGAUUUCUGUGUCCGUCGGUGACGAGAAGCUACCAAACAUGACAUCAGAGUCUCAGAUUCAGGCCCUCCAUUCAGCUUUGCACACCUUUGACAUGAUGGAAAGUGUACUAGUACGAAUAGAGGAGCUCACAGAGGGGAGGGACUGA